AAUAAAGUGAAGUAUCUGAAAAAAUAAUACAUAAAUAUUGUUUACAUAAGUACAUAACUAGAAAAUUUAAAUGAAUAUUAUUUUUUUUAGAUUAAUUUAUCUACAUAAAGUAGGCGUUAUAUUAAAUCGCCAAAGUGCAUAACAAUUUGUUGGCUGUUUUUGAAGAUGAUGUUUUGUGGAGAAAGACAACCCUUGGUAGAUAUGUUGAUUCGCAGGUUGUGAAUGGGCUGUUGUCCGACUAAUGAAAUGUUUAGCAGUAAACGGGGUGGCUUCUGUCUUUAAUCCAGUGGGUACUGUGAGGAUUCAAGCGCGUAUUGGCGUCGUGAUUUUGACGCCACGGCUACGGCAAAAUUAUACGAGCGAACUGACUAUGCUGCUAAAGAAGUUACAUGAAAUAGAAAUGAAUACGGCUGCUUAUGAUUGGCUGAUAGGUACAAGAUCGGAGCAGGACCUUAAGUAUGUCAAUGAGAUACUGAAUGCAACAUCGAUUCGUUUCGACCAGAAUAUCAUAGUGGCGUAUCCAUCUAAUCAUUAUCAGAUGGGUGUCCAUUCUUUAGGGCUUUGCGAUGCUAAUUUCUUCUAUAAAAAAAGAAAUGGAAAUGCUUAUAGAGCUACGAGACCUUCUUUUAAUUAUCACGAUAAAGUGUCAAUCAUGGACGCGCGUAACCGCCAUGAAUGUCUUAAAACCGACUAUGAAAGGAAUUAUUAUCGUACAUCGGAUAGAUUUAGAAAUCUUACUAGAAAUCGUGUUUACAAGAAAUCUGGAAGAUUAGUACCUCUAUUACAGUCCGGGUGGACAAACUAUAACUAUACUCGAAAGUUCGAGAUGACAAACAUAAGCAGAUUUUCAUUGUGGCAGCAAUCGAAGAAAUGUUGGACUGCGGGGAAGCGAUCUGAUAAAAAUAAGAUGCAUUUUUAUAUAGUACAAUAUUUCAAAGUCAGAAUUAAUUCGACGUUGUAUGCUCAUUUUUUAGGUUGUUGGAAUAGAGAGCAGUCUAUGUCUGGAGUGGAAGUUCCUUACCCUGUGGAGGCUCGUAAUUUUCUCGGUGAGCAGUUCAUGGUGGGCAGGUGUAAUUCGACUGGGGACGGAUCAACUUCCUUGGAGGACGAUGAACCAUCUGCCCCAGCUUUACUGGACGAUGUACUACAUUUUCUUAGUUAUCGUCUUAAUUCUACUUCGCUGAGUCGCUACUACAGCAAGCUCGGGCUCCGCACUUAUGAAGGGACAUGGACAGGUCUUCUUGGGGCUCUGAUGGAUCACUCUGUGGAUAUCGCUCUCGAGCCUGUCACUGCUGAUGCGUCUAGACAUCAAGACAUGAAUUUUAUAUUUCCCAUAGCAGAGACUAUGUGCAACAUUUACAUCCGGCAACAAGAGACGUCUACUGUGAGAGAUAUAUUUCUCGCUCCGUUCAGUGCUCGGCUCGUCACAUGUGUGGUGGCUGUGGCUUUGGUGGCUUCUCUGGCAGUUGUACUGAUUAGUAAAGUCGCACCAUCUAUUCGGAAUAAGGAACGUCCCAUGGGAUACACUGAAGCUUUGAUUUGGUCCACAGGAAUUCUCUGCCAACAAGGUGGUAACUGGACUCCUCCAAAUCCAGCGUCGAGCAUACUGCUAAUCGUGUGUUUGCUAUUCGCCGUGGUGACUUACAAUGCGUAUGCUGCGUUUAUCACAUCGGUGUUAUCAGUGCGCGUGGCGAGCGUGGACACAGUCGCCGCCGUGCUCCAUUCGCCCAACUUCAAGAUCGGCUACAUUAGGAACGGAGCCGACCAGAUGUAUCUCAUGUCUACAAAAGAUGCACAACUAAAUGCGUUCUAUAUCCGUGGAUACUCGGACGCUGAGAAUUUGGUUUCAUCGGCAGAGGAAGGGUUAGCUCGCGCGGCUAAGCAAGAUUAUGCGUUUUUUGGUGGUCAAAGAGCAGCUCGCUCUACUUUAAGGUCAAUGAGCCAAGCUCGUGGAAGGUGCGCAAUACGAGAGUUACCAGUGCACUCAACGCGAGCUCAGCUAGCGUUCCCUCUGCCACGUCGGUCUCCCUACGCCAGGCUUACACUCAUUAGUUUGUUGCAGUUACGCAGCAACGGCGCUUUACGCCGUUUGGAGUCGGCGUUAGUGCCAUCCAUGCCGCAGUGCGACCCGCCAGCUGGCUUCGCUUCUGCGAGGGCUACUGAUGUGCGCUCUGCACUUUUACUCAUCGUGUCUGGACUUAUAGCGGCUGCUCUGCUAGGUAUUGCAGAAUAUUGCUGGAAAAACAGAAAGGAUUUACGUAGGUUUUCAACUGUAUUUUAUACACGACUUUUUAAUAUAUUUAAAUAGAUAAAGUAAAUGUACAUGGAAAAUAUAAAAUUAUAUAUCUAUAUAAUCAUAUAUAGAUAUAUGAGAUAGGACUGUAGUCGUUUAUAAUGUACUUUAAAUUUUAUUAUUAAGCACGAAGAAAAUGUGUGUAUUUUCUUUGAAAAAAAAAAAUGUUAUUUUAGUAUGUAAUAUUUGAGCUGAAAGGUAUAUACUGUAAAAUGUAUCACUAUACACAUUACAUAAUAUAACAUUACAAUCUAAAAACUAGAGAUUCAUUUAUAUUUGAGAUUUUUGUGCAGUUGAUAAAAUACUUACGCAAGAUUUUUGUAUCAGUUGUGUAGAGCUUCGUAGGUAUUUUAAUUAUUUUAGACUAUAAUAAUAUUAAUCUCAAGUAUUUUAUUGUUAGUUCAUUUUUAAUAAAUAAACUCCAUUAUACCAAA